AUGGCGCUACCUUCGUAUUUUGCGGAUGCCGUGCGAGACUGUGUUGUGCGUUUCCCACUCAAACAUACUCCGCCUACGACUACACUCUGUUAUGGUACGGCCGGGUUUCGAACAACAGGAUCUGUGUUACCCCCAGUUGCGGCCCGAGUGACUUUUGUGGCUGUUCUUCGAGUUUGGUGGGCAAUUCAACAUAUAAAGACCACUGCUGGAUGUUCGCUUGGCUGUAUGAUUACAGCCUCUCACAAUCCUGAACCUGAUAAUGGGAUGAAGUUGAUUGAUAUUGAUGGGGGUAUGUUAACGAAAACAUGGGAAGGUGUGUGUACAGAUGUAGCUAAUACGAGAACUGCUGAAGAGCUUCUCAAAAUAUUAGAGGAUUGGGUAUCAAGUAACAAUAUCUGUGUUCCAUCACCGCAGGAACUGGAAGCUCGCUGUCCACACGCUGUGAUUCAUCUCGCACGUGACUCACGAAGUUCAGGAGUGGAAAUUCUCGCUGCGAUACAAAAUUCUUUACAAGCACUUCAUGUAUCAUCAAUCGAUUAUGGUAUAAUCACAACUCCGCAUCUUCAUUAUAUGGUGGAGCGUGCCAAUAAACCAUCUGUAGGAGGAAAAUUAUCAUUUUCUGCUGAUUUUGGACCAUCUCUCUAUUGGCGUGACCUUCUUUCAGCUCUAAAGGUAUUAUUAUCCACACUUGUAAGUCCCUCACAGGGAAAGCGAAAACGUCAAAAAAUUGUAGUGGAUGCAGCAAAUGGAGUUGGUGCACUUGGUUUAAUGUCUCUUAUUCAAAUAUCACAGGAAUCAUCAUCUAGUAUAUUAGAUGAAUAUUUUGAUAUUAUUAUUGUGAAUGAUUCUCUUGAUCAAGGUAAGUCUCUUAACCAUAUGUGUGGUGCAGAUUUUACCCAAAAGACACGUUCACCAGCAAGUGAAAUGACGAAAUGGGCUAUGGCUUACGAGCAGCAAAAUUCUAAAAAUCAAGAAAAUGGAGAAGAAAAGGAAGAAGUUCAUUACUACUCUUUAGAUGGAGAUGCUGAUCGUGUUGUGGCCUUUUUUCAUGAUCAUACUACUAGUGGUAGUAGUGGUGGUGUUUGGCAUCUGCUGGAUGGGGAUCGUAUCUCUAUUUUGUAUGCAAUGGCCCUUCGGCAUUGGCUUGGAAAAGACGUACUUCAUUCACUUGAUGUAGGAGUCGUGCAGACGGCGUACGCCAAUGGUGCUUCUACCGACUACCUAGAGCAACAACUAAAAUUAAAUGUUUAUUCUUCGGCUACAGGUGUAAAGCAUCUUCACUCAAUUGCCCAUAAACGAGAUAUUGGAGUCUAUUUUGAAUCGAAUGGACAUGGAACUGUGUUAUUUAACCAAAAGAGUAUUCGUUCAAAACUUGAAUCUGGUUCUAUGAACUCAGAAACAGAGGUGGUAUUAAAAUACUUGCCUUUGCUGCUUUCUCAAGUCUGUGGCGAUGGAAUUGCGGAUGCCCUUGCCUGUGAACUCGCCCUCUUGGCAUUACAGAUGAGCUUUAAAGACUGGCUUCACCUCUACGUGGAUCGACCCUCACUGCAGGGCAAAGUGAUCGUCCCAGACCCAAAAGUCAUUACAAAUACACCAGACGAGCGACGGGCAUUAACACCGCCAGGGAUGCAGGAGGCGAUUGACGCCGCUGUGAUGGCUACGAGCUCCGCUACGCAAUCCGCGGCAAGAGCAUUUGUGCGGCCAAGUGGUACAGAACCGCUGGUGCGACUCUAUGUGGAGGCAAGCGAUGAGGCAGCCUGUCAGAAGUUAAUUGCAGAAGUCGAAGACGCUGUAAAAAAAUAUUGUGGGUCUUCAUAG